GGACCGACCCAAAACUAUCCUCUAGCUUCCCGAACAGAUAGUUUAAGAAAAUAAAAAAAUUAAAAUAAAAGAUCAAUCAAAUAUUAGACCACAGGAAAUCUAGAAAAAUAACAAUAAUAAAUAAUUUCAUAACAGAUAAUCUCAAGUUACUAAACAUUAAUAAAAUGAGAGAGAAGCGGAAUACUUUGGAUGAGAGCUAGGUCAGCAAUGACAUAGUAAGCCCUAAUGUCACCAAAAGAACAACAUAUUAAGUUCUAAAUAUCAGCAGGCACAAAGACCCCAAACCAAUUUUGUGCUAAACACAGUUCAGUGCACCAAAAUUUUAAGGCAACCGUAAACAGAGGAGGAAGGAAAAAAAGAAAAGCACCUUCUAGGAGAGAGACUUCAAGUAAAAGGACAAACGAGUUGUCUACAGGUAUAUGAACGAAAGAGGGGCAUAGAGAUGGGUAAUCAUUUUAGUAAACUAAAACACAGCUAUGGCAACAAGCGAACAGAGGGUGAGGUUGUUGGGAACGUGGAGAAGACCCUUUGUUUGCAGGGUUCAUCUCGCCCUCAAACUAAAGGGAAUUGAGUAUGAAUACAUAGAGGAAGACCUCAAAAAUAAGAGCCCUCUUCUCUUAGAAUCCAACCCUGUGCACAAGAAGGUCCCUGUGCUUAUUCAUGGCGAUAAUGCGGUGCCAGAAUCAAUGGUGAUCUUAGAAUACAUAGUUGAAACAUGGCCGGGAAAUACCCUCUUGCCCGAAGAUCCAUACGAGAGGGCCCAAGCUAGUUUUUGGGCUAAUUUCAUGAAAGAUAAGAUAAAAUUUGACCCAUUAGAGAAAAGGGAAGAGAGAGAGAAGACCAUAAAAGAAGCCCAAGAAAACCUGAAAACCCUAGAAAGAGCUCUCAAAGGAAAUUUUUUUGAUGGAGAGGCUGUCGGAUACUUGGACAUAGUAGCAAGUAGUAUUGCUUUGUGGGUUGGAAUCAUGGAAGAAAUUACAGGAGUAAUAUUCUUGGAUGCCGAAAUCAUGCCACGUUUAAGUUCAUGGAUCAAAGAUAUUUUAAGUGUUGAUGUUGUCAAGGAGAGUUUUCCUACUCGUGAUAAGCUUCUCACCUACUACAAAGCUGGGGUUCAACCCACACAUGCACCUUAA